AUGGGUUUUAGCUGGUCAUGUGACGUAUGCACAGCUGAUAAGAGUUACACUAUGGACAGAUGUGCGUGUGGUAUUGAGUAUUCAAUUCUCGGAAAUUUCAUUUUGAUCCCAGUUGAUGAUGUGGUUACUGAAACAAUUGAUGACGCGAUGCGGAAGUAAAGUUUGUCGCAGGAAGGUCAAUCAGGCUCGACUGCAGCAACCCUGGAAACACAGAGCGAAUCUACUACAGAGGAGGACGUUGUUAUAGCUGUGAUUCUGUAGGAGUGAAUGUUGCAACUCAAGAAUAAUGACCACUUUGUUGAACCUUCUGAAUCUGAUGACAACCGUCUGGACAAGCCUAGCCGCCACUUCAUCAGUAUCAUCCCCACCAUCCAUUGUAGCUUCGGUCAACCCAAGGCACCAUUGUUCUAUAACCCACAAUGACGUGCUCAACGGAACAUCAGUUGACUGCCAGAAUCGGAGCCUGACCAACAUCCCAAAGGCCCUGCCAGCAGACACUGUUAUACUUCAACUCCAACAUAACAACCUGUACCAGCUGAGGAACUACUCCUUUAAUCACGUCCCUGAAUUAGUGCAGCUGUACCUGGCAUACUGCAACCUGUCCAGUCUAGAACCUCGAGCAUUCCAUGGAUUGGGCCGCCUACAGAUAUUGCGAAUGGACCACAACAAUCUAGUCCUGGACAAAGACACCUACAGUUCAGACAUCUUCCUCCCACUAACAAGCUUACAGGUUUUGAAUCUGGGCGGAAAUGAUCCAAGGACGACGGGGGAAAUACCCGAUGAGAUAUUUGUUACCCUACUGACUUUAGAAAGUCUCACAAUCGAUACUUUCCAGGAUGAAUCUUUUGGGAACGGAUUAUCACAAUUGAAAAAACUUACAGGUUUGUCUCUGGGCAGCUUUUGGACAGACCAGCCUUAUUGUGCUAUCAUGAGAUUGCAUAAUAACACUUUUUCAGUUUUUGAAAAAUCAAAACUGUCACAGCUUGACCUGCAAUAUUGUGACUUGUAUCUAAUUGAGGUUGGAACGUUUUUGCCCUUGUCACAUAUCACCACAGUUUCCAUGGAUACAGUAAAAUAUUUGGGCAUUGAUCCUGUGAUUCGGGCCAUGUUUGGAUUCAAUGGUAGGAACAUUUCACAAAUGAUAUGUCCAUAUUGCUUUUAUCCACAUGGAACAUCUUUAGAACAACUCAGAAACCAAAUGAUUAGUAAAGAAACGACCUCUCUUCUUAAGAACAUUUGCAUAGGCCAUCUUGACUUCUCCCACAACAGAAUACUUUAUAUCGAUACCUCGUUUGUAUUUACAUUCUGUAAAUGUUUGACGUAUCUCGAUCUUUCUCAUAACUAUAUUGUGGGACAUAUCGGAACCAUUUUCCUUUUGUCCUUUUUUAGGAAACUACAAUAUGUAGAUAUAUCAUUUCAAAUAAACUUUAAAAAAAAUGAUAUAGAUGGUGUGUUGCAAAAGGGCGUAGAGGAACAAGAUACUAGAUCCAACACAGCAGUUAUGAACAAAAACCUCCACGCUCCAAAUGCUGUGUUUUAUUUCCCACCUAGCCUUCGAAUCUUAAAGCUGAGAUCACUUUCUGCUAAUAUGGGAAAAUUGUUUUCGUCAGAAAUUAAAGGUGGUCAACAUUUGACAACGGUUGAUUUGGCAAACAACGGAAUUAAGGGGUCCCCACAGCACGUGCGAGGUCUCGAGCAUAUCCAGAGUAUGGACUUCUCAGGGAACACGGAAUUUAGAAUGACAGAACAAUUUCUUAAAUCAUUCAGUUGUGCCACACAAUUGUUCCUCAAUAACAAGGCUUUAUCUCAAGGAGCACUGUUACUUGAUGGCCCACUGUACAACGGUAUUCGUAGUUUGGUGCAUCUCACAAGGGUAGAGAUGUCAGGAAAUAAGAUCCAGUUCUUGCCAGGUGAUUUUUUACACCCACUUACAAAUAUAUCCUAUGUUAAUCUGGCUGACAAUAGUUUUGUGAAGAUGCCUUUUGAUCUGCCUUUCAUACCGAAAGAUCUGACCAUCCUUGACCUGUCCACGAACUCGCUCACACACAUGAGUGACAAAGAAAUGAACACUCUUGACACGAUUUCGUACAGAAAUAGGCUGACGCUGAAGCUUGCAGGUAACCCCAUAUCGUGUUCCUGCCAGGCUCUCCCAUUUGUUACAUGGCUCUCUACAACACAUGUUGCUCUAGAUAAGGGAGGUAACUACACUUGUGUGGAUGAAGAGGGUGUCAUCACCUCAACAAGCGCAGUCAACGCAAACUUCAACUGGCACUGGAGAAGAUGUAGAGGAGUUUUCUGGCUGUUGUUUACUGCCAUUCUCAUGUGCCUUCUUAUAAUGGCGGUUGUGUCCACACUGUUGGUUUUGAGGAACAUGACGUAUUUCCACCAUCACUUUCUGCUUCUGCUGGGCAGAGGUGCCCAAAUAGUCACCAGGGACGACUUUCAGAAAGAUGCCUACAUUGCUCACUGUGAACAGGACAAUAGUUUAGCAUGUAAUGGCAUUGGAAUGGUUCUCAAGCAGAGAUACAUGUUGAGAUUAAUCCUCAGUCAUGACUGUCUUCCUGGACAUGUGGUCAUAAAGCAUGUAGUGGACAGUGUUAAUGACAGCUGGAAGACGGUGCUGGUUGUCACAGAGAACUUCCUGGACGAUGACUGGUCCUAUUUCACAAUGCAGAUAGCAGCCAGUGCUGUAACUAGCACGAAUCCAAGCAGGGUUAUUCUCUUGUUGAUCGGCAGGAUCAACGAGGCUCUCCUCCCUGAUUUCCUGCUCAGUGUAGUGAGUGAAGAUAACAUAUUCCAUCUGAAAAACAUUCCAGACGAAGAAAGUGAAGAAUGGACACACAUACAAAACAGGAUAUUGACUGGAAGUGAAUACUACUUCACCUAACUUUCUAAAUGUAAUUGUGUUCCAAUUAUGAAUGAUGUUUCAAAUAUAUCAUUACCAUGUGACUUCCAUUUUCGUAUGGCCUGUCAAUGCCGGACAAUCAGCCUCGCUUAUCUGCUGAAAUAAAUUCAGAGUGAGUGAGUGAGUGAGUAUGGUUUUACGCCGCUUUUAGCAAUAUUCCAGCAAUAUCACGGCGGGGGACACCAGAAAUGGGCUUCACACAUUGUACCCAUGUCGGGAAUCGAACCCGGGUCUUCGGCGUGACGAGCCAACGCUUUAACCACAAGGCUACCCGACCGCCCCACGAAAAUUCAGAGAUGAACCAGGUGUCCAUGUCCUGCUGUACUGCUAGAUCAUGUCAGCCAUUCUCAAACAUAAGUGAUCCUUCAUAUUGUUUAACACACUGUAUUGGUUUACGCGUGAUAAAGAAUGACUUUCAUCAAAUAUCAGGAUCCUGGUUGUACUUACUCUAGCUUCAUCUUAUUUCUGCAGAUGAGAAGAAUUCUCUUUAAUAUAUUUCAUACUGCAUAUGUGGAUCUUUAACAAUAUACUGUCAUUUCAGAAUGAAGAUUUGUUGGAGAUUCAUAAUAAAUAAGUUUAAAAGUGAA